GUACGCGUAAUUGAUGAUUUCUCGGCGAGCUUGAUUAAUGAGUGUACCGCGCCGACAGAGCGUAUCCGGAUGGAGACUCUCGAUGUGCUCGUCAGCUUGGCGCGGGCUCUGCGGGGCCGGGGGCCCUUGAGGCUCCGCAAAGAGGAUUUCGUGCGGGCAUUCAAGACCCUGCCGCUGGCGCUGUCUGCCCUGUGCAUGGCGGCGGCCGCCUGGGGGGAGGCGGCGCAGGAGGGCUGGGCGCUGCUGCUGUGGUGCUGCCCGUUCGGUGCGGUGGCGAGCGUGUAUGCCUGGGGGCGGUUUGGAGGCGCUGUGCAGGCGAUCCUGGGCCGGCCUUUCUUCGCCCCAGCCGGGAGAUUCGUGGGCGACUUGUUCGGAAUCGACCCGGAGGGAGGCUGGGCGGAGGGGCCCUUAGCGGGGGCCGCUGGAGCAUCUCGGGUGUCGCGCUUCGUAAUCGGGACUUUGUUGGGCUGGGAGUUGGACGAGGAGAAGCGCGCGUCGUCGGCCGAGUCGGCCGAGGUCCUGGGCGUAACGGUUACGGUAAUCAAUAAGCCG